AUGGCUAUCAAGAAUACAAGAGAACCGCUCGUGCGCGGCCUUCAUCACCACCUUCAUGGCCGCGGCCCCAGACCCGGGGGCCCUGCAGGGCCACGCGUGCGCCAGAACUACCAGCCCCAGUGCGAGGCCGCCAUCAACCUGCACAUCAACGUGGAGCUGCACACCUCGUACUCGUUCCUGUCCAUGGCCUUCUACUUCAGCCGCGACGACGUGGCCUUGAAGCAUUUCGCCCAGUACUUCCGGCAGCAGGCCCGCGAGGCCAAGCGGCGCGCCAAGAAGCUGAUGCACCUGCAGAGCCUGCGCGGGGCGCGCCUCCGCUUCCGCGACAUCAGGAAGCCCGAGCACGACAACUGGGAGAGCAGCCUCCUGGCCUUCGAGUGCGCCCUGCGCCUCAAGAAGCGCGUCAACCAGAGCCUGCUCGACCUGCACCAGAUGGCCACCUACUUCAGGGACGCCGAGCUCUGCGACUUCCUGCACACCCACUACCUGCGCGAGCAAGUCGACUCCAUCAAAGAGCUGGGGGACCAUCUCACCAACCUGCGCGACAUCGGGGCCCCCGAAGACGGCCUGGCAGAGUACCUCUUUGACAAGCUCACCCUGGGUGAAAGCUCCAUGGACUUAGACUGAACUGUCUUGCCCAUGGCAGGGGGGGCGCGGUGCCUUCCCCUCCUCACCCAGUUUGCAUUCACAUGGCAGUACUGCCUUUGCAAUACAUUCGUUUCAGUGGUUUCUUCCCAGUUUUACAGUUUCUUUCAGUAAUUUCCAGUUUUACCCUUUCUUUCAGUAGUUUCUUCCAGUUCUACCGUUUCUUUCUGUAAAGUUAUUGAUUGCAACAACAACAACAAAAAGGUCUGGUUUAUUCGCGUGCAUAAAACCCUCAAUUUUUAAGUUUUAAACAGGUAUCCGGAAGUCUCUCCACCUGCCCAUGGCCCAUCCUCUUGCAGCUCGGGGUCUCCAGGGAUGGAGGGAGAAGGUAUCCCAUGGGACCCUAGAUCACAAAAUCUAUCUUCC